AUAAGUUUUCAAUAACCGGAUUAUCAGGAAGCAAUGAUUAAGUGAACACGAGUAGGUACAUGAUUACAAUGUCAAUCUGUAUCGAGAGUUCCUCCGUAGUCCGUGCAGUCUGCACGUAAAAAGUUUACUUCAGUCGUAAAACGAGAGCCUCCGCGAACAGCCCGCGAAAAGAUGGGCAGCAACUUGAAGGACGACAUCGUACACAUUCAGGAAUGGAUGAAGAAGGACCCUCAACUGCCAGAGCCGUUUGAUGACGGCAUCACCCGUAUGUUCCUGCACUGCACCUAUUACAGCCUUGAGCAGACUAAGAAAUGUAUAGAGCGGUUCUGCUCCGACCGACACAACAUGCCGCAGAUAUACAUGGACAGAGACCCCGUGGAUAGGAAUAUAGAGCUGGCUCAUAACUUACACGACUCAGCGUGCUACAGCUGCGGGGAUUUUGACAUAUUUUUCUUCAGACUCGGGGAGGACUUGGACAAUUUCGUCCUUCAGGACGCGUGCAAGGCGCUGUCUUUGAAGGUGGACGCCUUCAUAAAGGACGUCCACCGAAUAGCGGAGAACCACGCGGUAGUUUUGGACUUGAAGACCGUCUCCAUCAAACACUUGCCAAAACUCAAUAUUGUGAUGCUAAAGGAUUAUAUUACUUAUUUACUGGAAGGCAUGCCUGUGCGAAUAAAGAAGAUAUUCGUGAUAAACGCACCGCCGAUAACGGAUAUGUUCUAUAACUUAAUUAAGCCAGUACUGUCCCAGAAUGUCAUUGAAAUUAUAGAUAUAUGCGCAGAUGACACUAACCUGAAGAAGUGUGUUGACAUGAAAACCUUUCCAACGGACUACGGUGGCGAAGCCUUAAACCUACGUGACAGCUCCUACGACAUGUGGGACGAAGUUUUAAAGAACAGAAAAAUGUUCCUGAACAACAAUCUAUGGAAGGGUGACGCGUCGAAGAUACCAAAGAAACAAGAUGUUAACAUCAUGAAUGGAUCCUUCAGAACCUUAGCUAUAGACUAACUUCACUGUGAUAUGUUCUUAAAGAAUCUCAAUAUGUUUAGGAUGUAAAAAUAUAUUUAACAUAGUUA